AUGUCUAUGCGGGCUCGCACUGCUAGAAUAAUGACAAAUAUUGAAAUCGAUACGAAAACAAUAAUAGAAGGAACAAUUCAAGAAACAAAAAAUGAUUUUGGAAUUUAUUACAGCCCAAUAAACAAUGUAGAAGACGAAAUUAUUAUAUUUGGUAAAGAAGAAAAAUCAAUAGAAAAGACAGCUUUCAGCGUAGACAAUGGACACUAUGAAUUUCUUAGAAUGCCAUUCGGAUUAAAGAACUCACCUGCAACAUUCCAAAGAAUCAUGGAUGAAAUUUUAGAAGAAUUACAAAACAAAAUUUGUUUAGUAUACAUGGACAAUAUUAUAAUAUUUAGUACGAGUCUACAAGAAUACAUGCAAAAUUUACAAGAAGUAUUUUACAAAUUAAGAGAAGCCCGUCUAAAAAUUCAAUUAGAUAAAUGCGAAUUUUUAUACCAUAAACCUUUACAAUGGUUAAUGUCGAUCAAAGAACCAAAUUCAAGAUUGGUUCGAUGGAGACUAAAAUUGGAAGAAUAUGAUUACGAAAUUAAAUUCUUAAGAGGAAAAUCUAAUUUAGUAGCAGAUCCAUUAUCAAGAAUAAAACCAGAUUGCGAUAUAAAUACUUUAGAAACACAAUCACUAAACAAAUAUGGAAAACGGACUGAAUAUCAACAAUCCCAAGAAAACGUAAGGGUAAGGCCGCUUUGUAAAAAAGAACUGUCUGAAGGAAAUGAAAAUAUUGUUUUAUGCGAUUAUAGAGAAAAUCUAAUUGCAUCAAGAAAAAAUGGAGAGCAUACUAAGACUUUUAAAUUUGAUCAUAUAUUUGGAUUGGAUACUACACAAUUGGAAUUGUACAAGAUGUCAGCAUUUCCAAUAGUGGAUAAAGUGUUAGAAGGUUAUAAUGGUACUGUUUUUGUUUAUGGCCAAACAGGAACAGGCAAAACCUACAUUAUGUUAGGCAACCAUUUGGUUCCAGAACUAAAAGCCCAAAAGAGAAAGGAUAUUGGUGUGUAUGUAAAAGAUCCUAUGGGUUUUACCGUUGACUCUAUACAAUCUGUCACUGAACUGAUUAAUCGUGAUAAUAAAAAUAGAAUUACUAGUUCUGCUUUGAUGAAUGAUGUUAGCAGCAGAUCACAUGCAAUUUCCACUGUUACUAUGGAGUCUAAGAAUAGACAGGAUAAUAAAACUACUGUGGGAAAGUUGAAUUUGGUUAAUUUGGCAGUAAGUUGA